CGAGGGUCCGCCACACAGUGGUUGCAUCUGGGAGGCGGAGGAGCAGCCUGUGUGGGUCACCAAGGCCAGGGGACAGGCUCGGGAAGAAGGGACACUUCAGGCUGCCCCGCCCUCCAAGACAUGAAGGACAGGCGCUGAAGAGAGGCCCCUGGGCCUGGCAGUUAGGAGGUCGGUGGCCUGGCAUCCCAUCCUGCGGGCUCAGUCCUGCCGCCCCCUGGUCCUCCGGGCUUAGCCAUUGGCCCCCGGGAGGCCCCCACGCUGACCGGCCGCUGGCUGGACCCCGAUGCUCCUCAGACGCUCUGUCCGGGCGGGCGCUGGCCAUGCUGCUGCUCGGUGUGCUCCCCGCCUCCUCGAGCCCACCCCGGAGGCCUCCCCUGAGUGCUGGUGACUGGCCGACGGCCAGAGACGGUCUGUGGGGAGUCCACAGCAGGAAGAGCCACUUCCCAACUGGAUUCAGGAGCAGAAGUGGAGUCGGAGGGUGUCCGCAUCAAGGUGCAAGGGAGGAAAGUGACGUGCUCUGGGACAGGUGGGGGCCCGUGCCAGUCCAGGCUGUGGCGUCCAGGUGUCCUGGAGGGCUGCGCUGAUGGACCGGGCCUGGAGGAGGGAGCACGGUGUUGGAACCCUAGGCAGGUCACCCAGCUUCUCUGAGCCUCGGUCUCUUCCUCUGUCGGGUGAGGUGGAUGCUGCAGGGCACCGGGUGGGAAGGAAGGAAUGCGUGUGCCUGGGUCCAUGAGGGGAGCGCAGAUGGGAAAGCCAGCCCUGAGCAGCGCUCCACUCGCAGGCGCAGAGCUCACGGCAGGAAAGGCCACGAGAAGUCAUGAUCGUCUCAGAAGAGAAGAUCCGGGUGGGAAAGACGAGCGUCGAGGAGAGGGGCGGCGGAGGAGACCCGACGGUGGGCAAGACGGCCCUGGCGCAGCUCUUCCGCAGCGACGGGGUGCACUUCCAGAACUACACCCUGACAGCAGGGGUGGAUUUGGUGGUGAAGACGGUGCCAGUUCCCGACACCGGCGACAGUGUGGAGCUCUUCAUUUUUGACUCGGCCGGCAAGGAGCUGUUUUCUGAAAUGCUGGAUAAAUUGUGGGAGAGUCCCAACGUCCUGUGUCUGGUCUACGACGUGACCAACGAGCAGUCCUUCAACAGCUGUGGGAAGUGGCUGGAGAAGGUCCGGGCGCAGGCUCCAGGCACCACCCUGCCAGGUGUCCUGGUGGGAAACAAGACAGACCUGGCUGGCAGGCGGGCAGUGGACUCGGCCCAGGCCCGGGCGUGGGCGCUGGGCCAGGGCCUGGAAUGUUUUGAAACGUCCGUGAAGGAGAUGGAGAGCUACGAGGCCCCCUUCCACUGCCUGGCCAAGCAGUUCCACCGUCUGUACCGGGAGAGGGUGGACGCCUUCCACACCCUGGUGUGAGCCGCCGCCUGGGCCGCCGUGGACCUGGCCGUGGCCUCUCCCUGGAGGACGAGUGGCGCUGGAGUUGCUCUGCGCCCCAGGACCUCAGGACAGCCGCAAAUAAAACUAGGAGGAAGCGCA